AUUGAAGCAAAGGAAGCGUGUGACUGGUUGCGUGCAGCUGGAUUUCCCCAAUAUGCUCAGUUCUAUGAGGACUCCCAGUUCCCCAUUGACAUUGCUGCAGUAAAGAAAGACCAUGAUUUCCUUGACAAGGACCUUGUAGAACCUCUUUGCAGACGACUGAACACACUGAACAAGUGCGCCUCAAUGAAACUCGAUGUGAACUUCCAAAGAAAAAAGAGUGAAGAUUCAGAUGAAGAAGACCUCUGUGCUAUCAGUAAUAAAUGGACUUUCCAAAGAACCAGCAGACGAUGGUCUCGGGUGGACGACAUUGAUACUUUGCUUCACCGAUCAGACAGACAUGGAUCUUCUGGGGACAUUAAAAUGAAAAAUACAACAAGCAGUGAGAGUGUCCUUACAGAUCUGAGUGAGCCUGAGGUCUCAUCUAUUCACAGCGAGAGCAGUGGGGGAAGUGACAACAGGAGUCAAUCUGCACACUGCUGCACGAAUCAUGAUGUGGAAAGCACACUGCUGCAUGGCUCCACUGCAAUAAAUACCACUCUGUACCCCAAGGACAACCUGAAGAAUGAAAAACCAACACGAACCAAAGCAAAAGCCUUUCUAAAACGCAUGGAGACACUAAAAGCAAAAGGUGUGCAUGGAAAACUAAAAAGCUCAGGAAGAUCAGGUCCUUUAGAGAUAAGUGGACCAGUUCUCCAGUUUGAGCCAAAGUCCUUGAAAGACAUGCAAUGCGUACAGAUAGUCAAUGGUGAUCUCCAAAACUUAGGACAAGAUUCAGUCAAAAGAGGACUUACCUUUUCUGCCAAAUCCAGCAGUGACAGCAGUCAGUCUGAAAACAGCAGCAUUGGGGUGAGCACACCAUGUUUGAAGGAACGCAAAUGCCAAGAAGCAAACAAGAGAGGUGGGAUGUACCUGGAGGACCUAGAUGUUCUGGCAGGAACAGCAUUACGUCAAGUGGUGGACCAAAACCGCAAAAAUGAAUUUCAUUCCCAAGAGAACUUGGUUGUACAUAUUCCCAAGGAUCACAAACCAGGCACCUUCCCAAAGGCACUUUCUAUUGAAAGCCUCUCACCUACAGACAACAGUAACAGUGUAAACUGGAGGACAGGAAGCAUCUCUUUGGGAAAGCAGAACUGCUCUGCUCCAAAAGAGUCCGGACUGAUGGCUUGCUGUCCUAAGGAGAGCAGAAUCAGUAUUUAUGACAAUGUGCCAGGUUCUCACUUGUAUGCUAGUACUGGUGAUCUCCUGGACUUAGAGAAAGAUGUCCUUUUUCCUCAUUUAGAUGAUAUUUUGCAACAUGUCAAUGGACUCCAGGAGGUAGUAGAUGGCUGGUCAAAGAAUGUGUUGCCAGGUCUGCCAGUUGAUGAUGUGUCGGUGAGGGAAUCUCCAUCAUUGCCUUUCCAGUCGCCUACACAGAUCACUCUUGAUUUUGAAGGAAACUCUGUCUCUGAUGGCCGGACCACACCAAGUGACAUGGACAGAGAUGGAACAUCCCUGAAUGAAUCUGAAGCCACUGGUGUUAGAGACAGGAGAGACUCUGGGGUGGGAGCAUCACUCACAAGGCCAAGCAGGCGAUUACGGUGGCACAGUUUCCAAAUCUCUCAACACCUGAGCCACUCCAUCGCAUCACUUCACAUCAGCAAUCAGUCAGCAGCCCAGCUGAAUCUACUGCAAAAAUUCUCUCUGCUUCGUCUUACUGCCAUCAUGGAAAAGUACUCCAUGUCAAACAAACAUGGCUGGACCUGGUCUGUGCCAAAGUUCAUGAAAAGGAUGAAAGUCCCUGACUACAAGGACAAGAAUGUCUUUGGUGUGCCUCUCAUAGUCCAUGUCCAGAGAACAGGACAGCCUCUUCCCCAGAGCAUACAACAAGCACUACGCUACUUACGGAGCAACUGUUUAGAUCAGGUAUGA